AACGCAGUCAAACGGCGGAGGGAGCCAAUCACGGCACUCGUUUUAUCCCCGAUACCCGGAUGUUGCCGUGGAAGGCUCACCUACGUCAUUGUUCACCGCCGGACACCCGCUUGGAAAUAAGGAAUGGCUUUACAAUUGCUACGAACGUGCUUUUAACCACAUUCCAGCAAUGAACUAUGACCAUUGUUGACAGAUCCUCCGAAAAUUCUGACCACGAGUCAGUCGGUUGCAAGAGAUCCCCCUUCACCAGUGGAGACGGGAUGGACAGCAGCUGUUCCAGCAGCUGGGCAGUGGGCCCCACCCUCCCCACUGACUCGCCGCGGCUGAAAGUUCCGGGGGGCUGCUUGGGCCCGACGCCUGGCGCUGUCGUCUACAAUAGCACGCCUUCCUCCGUGGACCGACCCAAAGAGCAAGUGUUGUGCAGCGGCGAUGGCAUUGACAUGCCGCAGAAGGUCCUCUUCUCUCCCGAACGUCUUAGCCUAAAGUGGAACCAGGUUCACCGCAUAGGCGCCGGGCUCCAGAACAUGGGCAACACUUGUUUCCUCAACUCAGCCCUGCAGUGUCUCACCUACACGCCGCCAUUUGCCAACUACAUGCUGUCGCGGGAGCAUUCGAAAACAUGUCACGAGCCGGGCUUCUGUAUGAUGUGCACCAUGCAAAACCACAUCAUUCAGGUUUUUGCCAACUCUGGGAAUGUUAUAAAGCCAAUCGGUGUGCUGAAUGAGCUCAAAAGGAUUGCAAAGCACUUCCGCUAUGGAAGCCAGGAGGAUGCCCAUGAAUUCCUUAGGUACACGGUGGAUGCUAUGCAAAAGUCCUGCUUACCUGGAACCAAAUUGGACAGGCAAACGCAGGCAACCUCUUUCAUUCAUCAGGUAUUUGGUGGCUACCUAAGGUCCAGAGUUAAAUGUUUAAACUGCAAAGCGGUCUCGGAUACAUUCGACCCCUUUCUGGACAUCACUCUAGAAAUCAAAAUGGCACCAAGUGUCUCGAAGGCCCUUGAGCAGUUUGUCAAGCCAGAGCAGCUGGAUGGCGAGAAUGCCUACAAGUGCUCAAAGUGUAAAAAAAUGGUCACGGCCUCAAAGAGAUUCACGAUCCAUCGCAGCUCCAACGUGCUGACCCUCUCGCUGAAACGCUUUGCCAACUUCAGCGGAGGAAAAAUCACAAAAGAUGUGAAAUAUCUCGAGUACCUGGACCUGAGGCCCUUCAUGUCCCAGUCGCAAGGAGAGCCGCAGCUGUACGGGCUGUUUGCUGUUCUUGUCCACUCUGGAUUCAGCUGCCACGCCGGGCACUACUUCUGCUAUAUCAAGGCCAGCAACGGUCAGUGGUUUCAGAUGAAUGAUUCCUCUGUGACCGUCAGCGACAUAAGGUCUGUUGUUAACCAGCAGGCUUACGUCCUCUUCUACAUCAAGUCCGGUGAUGGAAAGAAAGAAGGGGACUAUGGUCACAUGACCCAUAACUCGGCCGUACCCGGUCAGUCAUCGCCGAGACCCGUGGUGAUGCCCCGCUUCAACAGCGCCAGCCAUCACAACAGCAACGCCGGCUUCAUCGGACCGCAGCUGCCCCCGCACAUGACCAAGAAUCCUCCCCACAUGAAUGGCAACGGAUCCCUGAGGGACUGUCCGAAGCCCGGCACCAGCAGCAGCGUUGCCGGAAAACCGAACCACGGCGCAGCUUCGUCGUCUUCAGCGUCGCACGUGGUUGCCAGCCAGCCUUCGGCGAUCGCGGAGCACGAGAAGCGCCUGAAGCUGUCUUUCUGCAUCGGCCAAGGCAAACCGACUCGCCUGGCUUCUUCCUCGUCAUCGGCGAGCAGCUCCUCGGACAGUUCGUCCUCCGGCUCUUCAGCCUCCUCCUGCUCCCAGUCUACCUCAGAUGCUCGCUUCAUCCCGCGACAAAUGAACCACAUCAACGGCGCGGCGCGCAGUAACGGGGAUCAUCAGGGCGGCGGGAAGGGUUCGUCCUUCUUGGUGCCGUAUAGCCAAGAGUUGUCAGAGGAGUCGGACCAGGAGAACGGCGGACCCCUGGAUAACUGUUGCGCAGCGGAGAGUCACGUGAACGGAAACAAAAGAACAGGGGAUGAUUUGGCCAACGGGGACUCUGAUACGCACCAGAACGGAAACGGUUUGAAUGGAAUUACACACAGCAUUUUGAAAACCAUCCAAAAUGGACACCAUUAUGGACUUCAAAAAGUUAACGGGCAUAAUCGGGUUGAAAAGGUAAGCGAUGCCUUUCCUUUUUGGUACGCGCCACGUUACGCCUUUACGUCGAGAUCCGAUGUGCAGUCACACACACACGCGCACCACUCUGAAAUGACUUUCAUUUUUGCAUUUCAGAUCAGUAGUGAUGGAAGUUUGGCAUCGGAGGGGACUUUGACUGUGAAUGGACUGGACACUGGCCACUGUCAACCAAGUGCUUGCAGCAAAGAGGCGGCAUCCCAGGCUACUCCGGCCCAACCUGCUGCCGGCGAAAGCCAGAAAAUCUCUCCCGACCUAAAGGCCGCACGUGUGUCCGAUCCCCCGCCGAAGCAAACGGCCUGCGAAGCCACCUCCGCCGACAAAAUCCAUUCCUCUGCAUCUAGCGAGUCUGCGUCCAUCAGUCCCGCAGCCGCCUCACCCGACUGCUCUCAGAGCGCCAGCGGCUCUACCGCUGGUAGUGCCAUUGCUCUACCGAAGGUUCCCGAUGACGUUGCGGACGCCCCGCCGACCGAGAGCUCAUCGACGGCGGCCUCCGAAGGGCGCGCGGAUCCCAAGGAGCAGCUGCGGCCCAGUCCUGCUUCCAGAGGCUACGAAAGGCAGUCGUCGCGGGAAAGGGGCAGAGACCGACAAUACUCGUCCGACUGGAGCAGGGACAGGGAGAAAUAUUACAGGGACAGGAGUCAGGAGCGGGACACUCACCGCUAUAGACGGGACUACCGAGACCACCAUUACUACAACCGCUGCUCAUACAGGGAUCCCGAUUAUUACCACCGAGACUGGGAGAGCGAGCGGCGCUGGGAGAGGUACGCCUACCACCCCAGGGAGCGGGACCGCGACCGGUGCUCGCACCACUACCACUUCUAUCACCACCACCACCGAUCCAGGGAAGACCGCGAUUACCAGCGCAGAAGUUCCGAUCACGCUUAUCGACAUAAGUCGCAAGGCCACUGGAGGCGGCAGAAGCAGCAGGACGGCUGGGAAGUUCGCAGGAUGAGGGACGACUGCAGGGACAGGGACCACCACCUCUAUAGAGAGACGCCGUCAUCGUCUUCGCAUUGGCACGCUCUUCCGGGGUGGGAGGACCAAAAUGCUCGAAGGAGUGCUCGGUCUGCGAGUUCUGAGGAGCGCCACGGCAAAAAACACAAGAAGAGCAAGAAGAAGAACUCCAAGGAUAAAGAGAGAUAUUGUGAGAGUGGGAGCUCCGACUCGGAGCAAGGCUACGAAGGAAGAAAGAAGAAAAAGAGCCGGCACCAGAGUAAGCAGCGCAGUCCGGACGGCCGCGGCCACAAGGCCCGCAGCAGCGAAGAACGCGGGUACCGCAAACGGCGUCACUCCAAGGACGACAGGCUGGACAUGAACAACUGCUCGCCAGACAAACGCCGACGCCUUGACUACGACCAUGACGGCGCCGCCCCCGCACACGAAGCGUUUCACAGCCACCUUAAUGGAUACACAGGAAACGGUUACAGCCAAGCCAACUUUGUCUCCCAUUGAUGGUCCGCUGUGGUGAGCAGCACCAUGAAGCACUGACUUGAAAUUCACCUGGGAGUAGUAAUAAAAAGCUCACAGCUCUUUAUUUCAAACAACCGUCCAUUACUUGCCAAGCUGCUGCUUGCUGGGAAGUGAGAAAUUGGAAGAACAACAAGAUGGCAGCAGUCAAAGGUGCCGUUGGCGCCGCGUACGAAUCUCCAGCAAGGAACUGGGCGAUGUCUUCUGGGGUGUGCUGAAGGAGGUCGUUCUCCAGUAGGAAUUGGAUUCCCUAGAGAAGGGUGACCAGAGGGAGGGGGUGAGUCUCUCUCAACGAGCUAACGGGAACCAUUUCAAGGGUCACCGGCAGCCCUGAGCAAGACGAAAAGGUGAUAAGAACCUUUUUCGGGUCCAUGUUGAAUUUCUUCCUCCCCAUGGCGAUCUGUUUGUUUCUCUGGGAUGUUUUACUGCAAGUUUUGUUGACAUGGACAGUCGGGAAAUAAGUGAAUCUCGUCAACUUCAGUUCCCAAACCCGAAAAAAAAAUAUGUUUAAACGGGGUACCCCGACUCCGGCGUCUUACCUCUCGCCGACGCACGUCAACUGCUCGAUUUCCGUCAUGACCUCGGCGAUCUCAAACUUCAACCUCUGCACGGGCGGGAAAUAAGAAUUUGUGACCGUUUGCAAAAAUGCUUGUCGGCCGUCGUGCAGUUUCACACACACACACACACCUCAAUGUCGUCGAGCAGCUCUCUUUUCCUGCGCCGGAUGUUGCACAGCUCAUCCCUCUCCUCCAGGGAGAGAUCCUCAGGAACUGAAACGCAUGAUGGAGAAAGCACGGCGUGAAGCGCACGCUCGUUUGUACACAGUUCGCGCGGGCGACAACACGGCCAAGAUCAAAAAGGCAAAAAAAAAAAAUAAGAAGAAACGAGGGCUCGCAAAGAGGAUCCAAUCUGGUGCCUCGGAGCUGCGAAUGAUCAGCGAAACAUGAAAAAAAAAAAAAAAAAGGAAAAAAUUGUUUUGCUGCCGAUCGCUGCUGCUUCACCGACUGUUUCACCUCGUUUGGCUGGAGCGGCGAUGCCUUCAAUCUUAAUUAACUCGAGAAAGAGUUUUAAUUAAUCCAUUUCAAAGUGACUCGGCCCACUCCUCCGUCUCCACUCGGCCCGGGGGGGGUAAUUCUAUUAAUAAAACCGAUCCAGAUUCGUUCUCUGCCACGCGGGAUUUCCCCGAUUUGACUUGCAGCUCCGGGGGGAAAAUACGAGAAAGCAGAACGGACGAGUACACUUCUUGAUCUCAAUCCGUCCUACGAAGGCACGUUAAGUAUGUUUGAUCUUGUGUCAUUAGCCGCCACAAAUCUCUCCGCGGGGCUAAUAUCGCCUACGCGACGGGAGGAAAAGAACAUCACUCCCUCGAUUUACACGUAUGUGCUGUUCAUUGGCCACGCCCACGUCGUAUGUGCAGCCAGUUUGGUUAACGUUGCCUUUUCGCCUCACGUCUUUGGAGACCGUUGACUUCGCUGACCGUCUUUCCCUUGGCCCGAAUGCUUUGCGUCUUGCAUUCAUGUCCUACCUCGCAUCCUUUUUUUUUUCAUGCCAGAAUGUCUCAUUUUAAAACACCAACGUUAAAUCGCAUUUUCGAUUUGAUAGUCUAUCGUGGGCUCACGCCAUGUUUUUUUUUUUGUCAUUAUCUGCAGGAAAAUGUUGGUGUUACGACCCCGUCACGUCCAUCUCGGCUUGAAAUGUAAACUCGACCAGUCCUCGAUCAGCAAGCUGCCAAACCAAAUUUGGAAAAGUCUCAGUGACCGGGAUUUGGACUGGGGCGUCGGACUGCCGUGAAUUCUUUAGAGCGCCCCGUCGUCCCUGAGCGCGCACAUGUCAUAGAGACCAGUCAGAAGAGCCAAGAGAUUGCAGCCAGUAAUCUUUUCAAACUGAUGUCGUGAUUCCUGGCGAAGGCAAACAAAAGCGAGAAGACGCGCCGCGCCGACACGCUGACAGGUGACACACAUUUGAAGGAUCAUUUCCUGACACACACCUCGGCUGCCUGCUCCGGGCGUCAAGCAAGUGACGGACAGGAAGCGGAAUGAAUGUAAUAAUCCGCCCGAUAAGCUCGCCGACAUUAUUGCGAUGUGUAUCCAGCAUGAAAAGCAAUUUUGAAAUGCGCUUCGCGAUCCGCACGGCAAAUGAGUCGUCUGAUAUCGUCUUUGAGUUUGGGGCAGGAUGUCACAGCUGACGUGCCGUCCAUUGCCUUCAGGUUUGUCACCUGUGCUGCAUCUAUCUUGUGCGCGGAACAACUGACGUGAAAUGCAAACGUUCUCACCUCGUCGCCGACAGGAAUGAAAACGUGUACUUGAACAUGAACAAAGUGCAGGAAAUUAAAUGGAUGCGCGCCAGGAUAUUUUAUGAUGGUAAGAAUGAGCUGGGUGUUAGCGCGCAUCUCCAUUACUACUAAUAGAUCCAAGAAAG